GCGGGUUGGAAAGUACAGCGCAGGCGCAGUGAAGCCGGCAUCAUGGCGUCCAGGCCCAAGCGGCGUGCCUUGGGUCGUGGGGCUCCGCGGGUUCCAGGUGUUCCGGUCCCGCGAGACGAGGAGGAAGAGGAAGAUGAAGUGGAGGACGAGGACGACGACGAUGAAGACAGUGACGAAGAAGAGGACGAAGACGACGAGACUGUCGACGAGGAAGUGACUGUCGAAUUUGAAGCGUAUUCCAUCUCAGAUAAUGAUCACGACGGAAUCAAGAAGUUACUGCAGCAGCUUUUCCUAAAGGCUCCUGUGAACACUGCAGAGCUGACUGACCUCAUAAUUCAACAAAACCACAUUGGGAGUGUGAUUAAGCAAACGGCUUUUUCAGAAGACAGUGAUGACGACGUGGACGAAGAUGAGAUAUUUGGAUUCAUAAGUCUUAUCAGUUUGACUGAAAGAAAGGGUGCGCAGUGUGCGGAGCAAAUUAAAGAGUUGAUCCUGAGCUCCUGUGAGAAGAGCUGUGGGAAGAGCUCGGCUGAACAGCUGGACGCGCUCAUCAGCGACCCCGCCAGGCCCGUGGGCCUUCUCCUCAGCGAGCGGUUCAUUAACGUCCCGCCUCAGAUCGCGCUGCCCAUGCACCAGCAGCUCCAGUAAGGGACGGGGCCGCGUGCCCCCGCAGUCUGUCCCCAGGGG